AUGCGACGACAGCCUCCUAUUGACGCCAGUCCUAUUGAUGAAAUAUGUAACGUCAAUAGAAACUCACGGGAGAGUGGCAACACUUAUAAUGAGGCGGAAAAUUUGCGCUUAACUAUGAGAACCAUAAUGCAAGAAGAGCUUCAUGGUAUAGUAAGGGAGGCAAUUAGAGAAGAGUUCUCAUCCUUGAGAAAAGAGAUGCGCAGCUUUGAGGAUUCUAUAAGCUUCAUGAAUGCCAAUUUUGAGGAUAUGAAGACUAAAGUAGAGGCCUACAUGUGGGAUAUCAAGCAACUCCGUUCUGAAAGUGAAUUACUCCAACGCAAAGUUAAAGACCUAGAAUCAAGAUUGUCAGCAAUAGAACAAGAUUCCCGGCAGAAUAACAUAGAAAUCCACUGUCUUGCAGAGCAUAAACAAGAAAACCUAAUUAAUGUAGUGAUGCAAAUUGGAAAAGUGAUAGGUUUUCCUCUAUCUGAAACUGAUGUUUUGUCUUGUAAUCGUGUACAAAAGCAAAACAAGACGUCGAAUUUGCCUAAAACAAUUGUAUUCAGACUCGUUAAUAAGCUGAAACGUGACAAUCUGCUUGCAGCUUUAUAUAAGUACAACAUAUCCCAUCCCAAUGAAAAUUUAAACACAAAACUACUAGGUUAUGGCGGCAAGGAGUCACCGGUCCACAUCUCCGAGCAUCUAGCACAAGCUAACAAAUCGCUCCACACAAUAACAAGAAUAUAA